ACUUUUCCACCCUAAUGGACAGUCAUGUUUUGUUUCAGGGGAGCAUUUUUUCGGUUCUAAAUUGCUCACAUGUACAAGAAAUGAUAACCGUAUCUUUCAAGAAGAAACCAAACUAUGGGAGAGCUAUACUACUUCUAACUAUAGCCGCCUCGGUUUUCGCUGCAUUCACCGUUUACGGGACAUUUGGUCUUCUAUACCUGUACACAAGGAAGCAUUUAGCAUGGACAAUGAAAGACUACACGACGUUUUCGUCCACCAGCACCGCGAUGUGGUUUAUAGGUUCCUUCGUCGGUGUUGCUUGCAUUCAGAAAUGGCUGCAUAUCAGCGACUUGACUUUUACUGUGGUAUCGUUACUCUCGUGUGCCGUGGAGUAUGUCAUAAAAUCAUGUGCAACCACCACGUCGGUUAUGUACUUCGGUUCCGCAGUCGCAUUCUUCGGUUCGGUGUACGGACCGCUGACCAGGUCAUUCCUAACAAAAACAUUGCCCAGUCAAGAAAUUGCAAAGGCUUUCGGAUUGUUGGGAUUCGCAGAGUCCUUCUGUCCUCUUGUGUCGCCACUCGUCUACAACGGAUUGUACGAGCUGACCGUCUCAACUUUCCCUGGAGCAUUUUUGGUGCUCUCAGCAGUUAUUUACGCUAGUUCGCUGAUGUGCAUGCUAGUCGUUAAAUGCCUUAUAACAAGAAAUCCUUCAGCUUCUUACGAGACUAUAGAUUCUGAUGAUGAUGCAAAUGGUGCAGCUAUAAACUGACAGAUCAAAUGAAAAGGAACAGAAAAGGGUCGAAAAAAGACCCUGUGUGAUCCCAAUUUUUCACGCAGUUUCGACUAUUACUUGAACCACGUUCUAGAAAGUAAAUUCUAAAGGCAUAUUUUUAGUGACAACGGUGAUACAUUAUUAAUAAUAGAAAGUAUUAUUAUUGUACUGUGUGAGAUGUGCAUUGCGAUUGGAUAAAGUGACGUGCCGAUGUAUCAAAUGCCUAAAAGGCUAUCAAGGACUUGAAAUGGUGAAACAGACCCAUGGUUACAUAAUACCUAAAGGUAUAUGUAGUGUUUUUAAAAUUAAUUUCGGCUCAAGAAGUGUAAUACUGUGUGGUGAUUUAAAUUAGUACUAUGUGUUGUGUGUGAUGUUGUGGAAAAAGUGCAUUGACUUUCAUCUUAGGGAGUACCUAUGCAGGGAGGUUUGUAAAGAUGAAAACAGUAUAUAUUGACAAUUUCAAUCUUUUAUUAAUAAAGUAAUGUUAACAACAAAAUGAGUUUUUUAUCAAACAAUAUUUUAAUAAUGCUCGAUACAUAUUUGGAAUUUAGACUUGGUACAAAUAGUUUGUACAAAUUAAUUCGUUUUGUCAUUGCUUUGCAAACAUUUUUUAUGUUCAGUUAAAUACUAGUUUUGAACUAAACAAUACCUA